AUGGGCCUCUCAAUUCCCGUAGCUGCAGUUCUCAUCGUUCUCGUCACUGUCGUACCCAUGCUACUUAUCGCGGGUUUUACCGCCCGCUUCAUCUCCCGCAACUUCAGAGACGCAGCCGGCAUCAUCGAACCAAGGCCAGCGAGACGCUGGUUCGGACUCCGACGCCUCAAGUCGGCCGACAGCACAACCGCCAGCCUCGCCACCCACACGCAACACUACGCAGACUCGUGGCCGGAUCUCGAAAGUCUCAGGACGUACCGGGACACGCCCAAUCCUUCUAUCCAGCACGGCAUCCACGAGAUAGCCAGCUGCGAAAGCCCGGCACCCCAACAAGCCACUACUACAGUCCAGAUCCAGCAACCUACCGAGACAUGGCAUCCCUCGAGGGCCAGUCGAUUGAGCUGGAGCUUCUCGCCGACAAGGCGAAGGACAGAUCGAGGAGGACCGCUCCCGAAGUCCCGCAGCCGCUCAAAGUUCUCAAGAGACUCGGGCGUGGUCCUGGAGGGGGGUUCCGAGGAGAUGCAAGCGGCUCGCGAUCAGUUGCCGAGACUGACGAGGGGGUAGAUGGUUUCCGGGGGCCGUUUAAUGAGCCCCUCGUGGUGAGGAAGAAGCGAGGGAACCACAGGACCGGACAAACGCCUUGUUCGAAGGAUGUUGGCUAGGGACAAUCUUCACUUGGUGGACGACCACAAGCAC